UGAGUGCAUAURCUAGUKAAAUUUCAAAUGAAGUAUCUUCAUGGCAAAGGAAACGAGUGUGUUUCAGAAUUCCAAGAAGUUCGAAAUACAUCAUUUAUGCCCCUUCAUGCAUGUUAGCAUAGUUAAUAAUCUCCCUCUAUCUACUAGUAGAGAAGUAUUAAACCUGUAAGUCUUUUUUAUUUGUAACUCCAAUUGACAUGGCAUUUCGUUAUGAGGAGACAGGAAUUUCAGAAUUCGGUAAAAAGACUUUGAAUUCGUUUACUGGUCGUGACUUGGACAUGAACUUUAAUUUGAAAGAGCAAAUUUUAUCCAAGUACGGUUCAGUCGAAAUCCUGAAAGAAAAAGCGAAACUUAGUGAGGACUGGCAAACACAGGUUGAUUUGGCUUCGAUUUAUAAAGAUGGUGUACCAGAGCUGAACAUCGAGAAAGAUUCCGACACUGCAAUUCAUUGGUAUGAAACUGCUAUAAAAAAUGGGGAUUGGGAAUGUCGUUUUAUGAAUUUAAAUACCCUUGCUACUAUACAUUUUCGAAAAGAAACGGUUCCCCAUCAGCGUAGAGCAUUUGAACUUUUCCUACAAGCUGCUCGACUUGACGACACAUUAGCUCAGUUAAAUUUAGCAGAGUCAUAUAGAUGUGGUACAGAAGGGGUUGUUCAAAGGGAUAUAGAAGAAGCUUUCAAGUGGUACAGACGUGCAGCUGGAGAAGAACCACACAACGACGAGCAAGAAGACAGCCCUUUUCUCAGGCUCACAGGGCUUUUAACAGGAAUGCUGAGACAAAUGCAUGUAGGUUCAAAGUUUAAAGCCUUGAAAAUGCUUUAUCAAAAUUACUUGGAUGGUGACUGUCCUGAAGGAGAACCUCAGCCAGUAAAAGCACUGUAUUACCUGAAGAAGGCUGCUGAGCUUGGUGACCCUGAAGCUCAGAAAGACCUUGGUCUUGCUUACCUGACUGGUGAGUCUGGACAUCCAAAGGACUUGGACAAAGCAAAGCGAUGGUUAGGAAAAGCUGCAAAAAAUGGUGAACAAGAAGCUAAACAGUCAAAAAUAUAUAAGGUACCAACUGGUUAUUUUUGAUUGACUGCAACAAAA